AUGGAUGCGAAUGACUUACAUCUAAACAUAGAUUAUGUCGGAUCGUGUGGAGUGGUUCUUACGCCAGAGCAAAAAGCAACUCUACAAACAUCCCUAACAAUCCUUAGACACGAGAAUAACUUUACCAAUGUUUUGUUCUGGGGAAUUAUCCGUGGUGUUAGUGGUGACUACUUCAUUGCACAAGGGAUAGGAAAGGACGCCAUAACAGAUAGAAAGACCCUUUACAGUAAAGACUGUUUAGUUUGGGGCCUUCUUCCCGUCCCUGGCAAAUCUGAUAUCGAAAAGAGUAAAUAUUUCAAAGGGAGAUUCACAGGCGAUCCUUCUUAUGAGUGUGAGUUUGUCGAUAUCAGACAAAGACCCGGCGAAGAAGGCGAUGAAAUUGAGGAAAGAGAAAAUCUAAUCACAAUGAAGGAAGAAGACCGACUUGCAGCUACUAUAGAACGCAUUGAACGUGAUGUAAGUAUCAUUCCCCGGGGUGCUUACAUGCGGUUAUCCUCUGGACAAGUUAUCAGAAACAAAAACUUUGAAGGACUAACCGUAGCGGAAGCAGCCAAAUUGCUAUCAUACUUCCACUUCCGUCCACCUAUACAACUUCCACACAAGCCAUUGCUGGACAGAGCACGUUUGGACAAAGCCAUCGAUUUCUUAGAUACAAUCGAGGAUGACAACCCCAAAGGAUGCUGGUCCAUCACUUUGGAAAGAGGGGGUCGCUUGGUCCUGGUGAAGAGUUUACUAUGGUUGGGAUACGUUCUCUACCAUCUCCCAGGAACGAACAAGUAUGGGUCCAUCUACGUGGGGACGGGUGAAUACAAUGUGGACCUGCCAUUCAUGCUUUGAUGAUAGUCUGCUCGUCAGCUACACCAAGAACCCCAGUACGAGAAGUCACUAUGGAACAAAUAGGAAUCUACGGAUAAAUAUACAUGUUUACUCUGGAAAUGGUGUGUAAUCGCUAAGUUGGAUGUGCAGAUGGGUGGGGCAUUCGGUAGGCAGCCGAAAAUGCUCAAAAUAAGCGGCUGUCAUAUCACAGUUGAUGAGUUUCCACAGUUUUUAUCGUAUCACUUAUUGUGCUGUCGAUCAAGUUUAUCCAGGAAUGCUUGUCGCUUCAUGCGCACUUGUUCAGCUGUCGCAGUUGGCGGAUUGGUUGCUGGCGAGGAAUGAUCUGUGAAUAAGAGUGCAUAAGAUGUACAUGUACGUGCCAAUACCAAAGAACCUAUAAAGAACCUAUAGGAGCUGAG